AUGAUGUUAAUCAGAUUAGUACUUAUCAAAGAAGUAUUAGGUUGGAGAGAGUACCAAAAGUGGUAUAAUAUUUUUGGGAUAGAUCAAAAUUUAUGUCCUGAUUUACAUACACAUAUACCUGAUAUGCAUCCACAUUAAUGUGUAUGUAAGUAUUUGUGUCAUUCAUAGCUUAUGCAUUGAUUUGCUAUGGCGUUACAGAUAUUGUCGUCAGAAUUGAAGUCAAUGGAACUCAACAUUUAUGCCAUCCUAGAUUCUAGCCAUGGGGAGCAGGGACUCCAACUAAAGACCAAUAUUCAAUUCAUUGUGGAUAUGAAAUAGGCGCUUCCUUGGUGAUGGAGUUAUUAUCAGAUGGACACUAUAAAUAUUAUUGCAGAUGUACGUAUUGUUGAUUUAAUAUUUAGAUUUUACAGAUGAUUAGAAUAAAAGAUGCCUGAUUGGCACCUUACAGCAAGGCAUAUUUAGAUGUCAAUUUUGUAAAUUUCCAUACUUUGGAGCGGGAUUUGGUUGUAGCUAAGUGUAAAUUGGUUAUGAUUAAAGAUUUACAAAUCCGCCUAGAAGUAAUUAAGUUCAAUUAUGCAAGGUUGUCAUGGAGAUUGUCUGGAAUGUGAUGAAGCUAAAGUAUGUUCUCAAUGUAGAUUUGGUAGUGUUAAAGUUUAGCAGAUUGAUAACUCUUGCAAUCUAUGUAAUUUUUAAUAUCAUAAAUGAUAGAUUGUAGAGGCUUUACAAGUUGUUAUUUUGAUUCAAAUACUUAGGUUGUUUAUAGUGGUUCUUGCAAUAUAGGAUUUUACAUGGAUUAGUAAUCUUGUGUGAGUAACUUUAUUAACUCAAGCAUUUUAGAUGUUUCUCCUUGUUUAUAGGUCAGUCCUUCACCGACAUAUUUAUACACUUGUGAUAGUUGCAUCUAAGGUUAUAGUAGGAUACAAGUAUAUGAGGGUGUAAAUGAUUUUUAUCUUUGUAAAAAAAUGGAUUGGAAUUGUGACAUGUCAAGAUAAUCAAUGAUUCUUGACACCCUUUCUUCAGUCUCAUAAUUGAUAUAUUAUACAACAUGUACUUUAUGUGAUCCAGGAUACUUUUAUUUUAAGCCACUGAAAAAUUGUUAAUGUAUUAAAAAAUAAUAUUGUUUAGUGGUUAAAUAAUAUUUUAAAAAUCCUAAUUGUAUCUUAUUAGACACAACAGAAACUUAUUGCUUAGCUUGUUAAUCAUGGUUUGCAUUACAAUCAGAUGGCACAUGUAAAUAGACUUAUUGUGAUUCAAAAUGUUUGACUUGUCUGGAUACCAAUCCAAGUUAUUGUACAACUUGUGAUAGUACUGGAAAUAAAAUAGCUGAUAAUGGUAUCUGCAAAUGCCAAACAAAUAACGGAUUGUAUGAAGAAAACUGCAUACCUUGUAUCGAUAUUUAUUGUUUUGAUUGUCAACAGGAUUUCUUAGUGUGUAUUUCAUGUAAACCAGGAUCAAAUAGAAUAAUAGUGAAUGAUGAAUGCAUAUGUUAACCUGGUACAUAUGACCCUAAAUAAGAUGAUUAGAUAUGUUUAGGUAAUUUAUUAAAUUAUAUAUAAGCCUGUGACUUAUCUUGUUUAACAUGUUUUGGUCCUUCAAAUUUAGAAUGUACUAAUUGUGAAGAGGAAAAUAUUGCAAACAGAAUUCAAAUUAGCACUUUAUGUCCAUGUAAAAUUGGAUAUGGUGAAAAAGCAAAUAAGGAUUCAAAAUGUGAAAGUAUUAAUUGAUGAUAAUUUUAGAAUGUCAUCCAAGAUGUCUUACAUGUUUCUAAGCAGCUGACGAAACUGAAUAAUAGUAUUGUCUAUCAUGUAUACCUGGACAGAAUCGUGUUGUUUCAGACACUUUUAGAUGCGAUUGUAUACCAAAUUAUGGUGAUUUUGGUGGCACUUCAGAUAUUUGUGGAAGUACUUUCAAAAUUAAUACAUAGUUUGUGAUUACACAUGUGGAACAUGCAAUAAUAUUGGACCAACAAAUUGUACUUAAUGCUUAGAAAUUUCUUUUAGAGAAUUGACAACUUCAGGAGAAUGCUUAUGUAAAUAACAAUAUUAUGAUGAUAAUACAGAUAAUAUAGUUUGUAUGAGUAAUAGAUUAGAUGUUAUUUAUAGGAUGUCAUCAUUCAUGUGAAUUAUGUGCAAACAGUCCUGAAAAAGAUGCUUGUAUUCAAUGUCCUUCUACUAGAACAUCAAAUGAACCAGGUAGUUAAUUUGAAUGCUUUUGUACACUUUCUAAUACUUUUGAUGACGGAUUUUCACUUGAAUGCCAAUAAUGUGAUAAAUCUUGUUCAACAUGUUAUGGUCCUCUUUCAACAAAUUGUCUAACAUGUGAUGCUAAUUAUAGAUAAAAGGAAUUAUCAUCAUGUGUCUGUCCAAAAGGAUAUUAUGAUAUAGGAGAAUUAGAAUGUGCAAGUAAUUAUAAUAAAAAAAUGAAUAGAAUGUCACUAUUCUUGUAGCUAAUGUUUCGAUAACACUGCAGAAAAUUGCAUUGCCUGUUUUUUUGAACUUAAUCAUAGAAUAUUAAAAGGUAAUAUUUGCAAAUGUGCUGAUGGAUAUUAUGAGGAACUUGAAAUAGCUUAGUGUAAAAGUAAUUAGUCUAAUUUUUUAUGUGUCUUAGUAUGUUCAUAUACAUGUGAGACAUGUGAAAUUUAACCAUAGAAAUGCUUGAGUUGUCCAUUAAAUUCCUUGCGCAUUCUUGACCUCAAUAAAGGUUGUGUUUGUCCAGAAGAGUACUUUGAUAAAGAAAAUUAGAUAACUUGUUAAAGUAAUUUAAAUAUCAAUUAGAGAAUGUCAUUUCAAAUGUAAAACCUGUACUGGUUAGGAUUAAAAUUAAUGUCUCUCUUGUGAUCCUAUUUCAAACAGAAUACUCUAAAUUAGUUCAUGUUUAUGUUAACCUCAUUACUUUGAAACGGAGGUUUAAGAAUGCUCAAGUAUCCUUUUAAUCUAAAAUUAGCUUGCAGUGCAUUUUGUUAUCAAUGCAUUAAUAAUUUUGAAAAUUGUACUUCAUGCAAUUAAGAUAGAUAUUUGGUUGGAAGUAGAUGCAAAUGUAUAACAAAAUUUUAAGGAGCAACAAUCAGUACAUAUGAUUUUAAUGGAAUGAUUAAAUGUGAAAGUAUUUGAUUAAAUAAUCAUUAGAAUGUCAUCAUUCAUGUGGAACUUGUAUAGGAAUAUAUGAAACUGAUUGUAUUUCCUGCAUUGAUACAGAUCACAGAUUUCAAGUGGGAAAUACAUGUGUUUGUAAAGAAGGGUACUUCGAUGCUGGAUUGCCAGUUUGUGAAAGUAAGAAUCAGGUCUAUAUUAUAGAAUGCAGUUAUAAAUGUAAAGGAUGCUAAAAUUAAUCUGAGAAUUGUACUUCUUGUUAAGAUAACAGUUUAAGAUAAUUUGUUUCAGGUUUUAAAAAGUGCCAAUGUAUUAAUAAGUAUUAUGAUGAUGGUUAGAAUGAAAUUUGUUAAAGUAUUUGUUAUUUCUAAUGAAUUAGAAUGUCAUUAUUCAUGCUAAAGAUGUAUUGAUAUUCAAACUAAAUGUGAAAUAUGCUCCCUUGAAUCAAAUAGAAUUUAUAAUGAUCAACUUUUUACUUGUGAUUGUGAUAUUGGAUAUUAUGACAAUGGAUCUGAAAUAUGUGAAAAAUGUCAUUAUUCAUGCUUAAGUUGUACUUCUGGAGAUUUUCAUUCCUGCCUUACUUGUAUAGAUUCUAAGAUUUCAAAAAGAGUGUUUCAUAAUAAGAUAUGUAAGUGUUUAUUUGGAUAUUUCGAUGAUGGUCAAUCAAUAUCAUGCAAGAAAUGUGAUACUUCAUGUUUAAGUUGUGUUGAAUAGUCCUUUUAAUGUUUAUCAUGUCCUUUAACAAGAAAAAUAGAACAAAAUUGUAAAUGUGAGCAGGGUUAUUAUGAUGUUGGUCAAUAACUUUGUUUAAAAUGUAAUUCAAAUUGUCAAACUUGUUAAAUCACAUCAAAUUAAUGCACUUCAUGUGAUUCUGAUUAAUUUAGAGAAAUUAACUUAAUAACAAGAACAUGUGAUUGCCAAAAAGGUUUUCAUGAAUUUAAUGGAAUCUGUUUCUAAUGCCAUUCAAGUUGCAAGACCUGCUCUGAAUCUAUAUAUAAAUGCACUUCUUGUAUGUAAUUUAGAAAUCUGAAGAAUAAUGAUUGUAUUUGUAAUGAUGGGAUGUAUGAAUCAAGUAUUGAUAAAUAAUGUAAAUUAUGCGAUAAAACUUGUUUAACUUGUGCUUAUAUUAAAACUUAUUGUUUAACAUGCUCAAUUGAUAAUUUUAGACAAUUUAAAUCUGGAAAUUCAUGUGAAUGUAUAAAAGGAUAUUUUGAAAAUCCAAUUAAUCAGAAUUGUGAGUAAUGUGAAAUUUCCUGUUUGACUUGUUCUUAAUCAUACGAUAAUUGCUUGACUUGUGAUAAUAGUCUUAAUUUGUCAUCGAUCAAUAAUAAAUGUUUAUGCUAAUCAUCUUAUUUUUUUGAUCCUUUGACUAAUUCAUGUCAAUGUAAUAAUCUAUAUAUAUUUUAGAAUGCAAUAUUAAUUGUUUGGAAUGCUAAAAAAGAAAUGAAUGUACUUCUUGUAGAUUGACCACCAGACAUUUAGACAUAGAUUAAAAGAAUUGUCUAUGUAAUGAUGGAUAUUUUGAAACAAAUUAAUAAAGUUGUUCAUGUAUUCAAUAUUCAAAUUUCUUUAGAAUGUCAUUCUUCAUGUGAUACUUGUAAAAAUGUUAAUACUCAUUGUUUAACAUGCAAAAGUGAUUCCAAAAGAAUAUUAACAAAUAAUCAAUGUAUAUGUCUAGACGGUUAUUACGACACAGGCAUCGAAUUAUGUUAAAAAUGCAAUAACCUUUGUAAAACUUGUUAAUUUUCUGCUUCCUUUUGUUUAUCCUGCUAUAACAUUGAACAGAAUAGAUAUUUAUAAGGAAAUAAAUGUGUAUGCAAGCCUGGCUAUUUUGAAUAGAAUAGAGAUAUAUGCUAAAGUAAUAAAAUUUUAAUGAUAAAUAGAAUGCUCGAAAGAAUGUUUAACAUGUUCAGGUUCUGCAGAUUAUUGUACAAGUUGUGAUAUAAAUUCUAAACGAGUUGAUUAAUCAAUUAUCCAUAAAUGUCCUUGUAUGACUGGAUUUUAUCAAGAUUAGGAUUAGAUUUGCUAAAGUAAAUCAAGAUUAAAUAUUAAUAGAAUGUCAUAUUAAAUGUUAAACCUGUUUAAACUAAAGUAACUAAUGUUUAAGUUGCAAUUUUUAAUUAAAUUCAAAUAGAAAGUCUUUAUCUGAUUAAUGUAAUUGUAAAGAUGGCUAUUAUGAUGAUGGAACAUAACUCCAGUGUUAAUUAUGUAGUUUUCAAUGUAAAACCUGUUAAAUUAAAGCAAAUAAUUGUCAAAUUUGCUAGAAUUCAUUACGGAUUAAUCCACCAAAAUGUAAUUGUUCUGAUGGAUAUUAUGAAGAUGAGUAACUCAUAUGUUAAAGUAAAUUUUAUUUCUAAUUUAGUUUGUGCAUCUAAAUGCAAUACAUGCAUAUUGGUACCCUCAAAUUGUUUGACUUGUAAACCAGGAAGAUUUGAUCAAGAUUGCAAAUGUUUACCUGGAUAUUUCGAAAUUGGGUAAGAACAAUGCUAAUGUAUUAUAUUUAGUUUAUAUAGAAUGUUAAUUUUAAUGUGCCACUUGUGAUUUAAAUUCAUUAAAUUGCAAGACUUGUAAAGGUGAUAGAUUUUAGGAACCAUAAUGCAUUUGCUAAUCUGGAUAUUUUGAUGAUCAUAUAAAUGAAAAUUGUUAAAAAUGUGAUAAUACCUGUUUAGAGUGUAAUAUCAACGGUUGUUUAUCUUGCAAUGCAAAUAGAAUAUUAAAUGAAGAAAUGAAUUGUAUACCUCCACCAAACUCAAUUUGGUAUGAUAAUACUCCUUGGUGUUCAAGUAAAUUAUUCCAAGAUAUUCUAGCUUGUCAAGUUGCAGUUGUUAAUGCAUAUUUAUCUGACGAUAUCAGUAAGAUUAUAAUCCAUUUUGAUUUUCCUUUAAAUCCUAAAAAUUUCAAUUAAUACUUCGAAAUUAAUAAAUGUCUGUAAAUAUUUGAAUUAGAAUCUUCAUAAAGUUUUGGUUAAAAUUCUGUUUGCUAUCUUAAUCCAGAAAAUGAAUAGGAAUUAUUAAUUUUACUCGGAGAAUACUCGACAAUCAAUAUUGGUGACGUAAUUCUAUUCAAAAGUAAUUCCUUAACUCAUAUGAAUUGUUAAGUAUCCUUACAAAAAUUUAUCUUUACAAAAUUAUAAUAUCCAAUUAAUCCCCUUCCUCCUUAAAUUGAAUAUCUUGUACCUUUGCAUUAACUCAAUCCUUUUGCAGAUAAUUCAAUUUAUUUAAAAUCAAUAAAAAACAAUGGGAAUAGAAAGUUAUUUUAUAUUAUUUGGAGUUGUUAAGUGCAGUCAAAGGAAAAUAGUUCUGUGCUAAAUAAAUUCUUAGAUGAUAUUAAUAAACUUCAAGAAUGUAAUUUAUUGAUACCAAAAUUUACAUUACCUGGUGAUGCAUUGAUAAAAUUUAAGAUUAAAUAUUACAAUUUCAUUAAUAUUUAUUCUUAAUCAGAAUUUGUUAUUAACACUCAUGCAGGAGAUCUUCCAUAAAUUGAUAUAAAUGUAAAACUCUCCUAUUUUGUUUUCGAAACAAUUAAAAUUGGUGUUUCUGUUGGCAAUUUAGAUUAAUCAAUCUAAAAAAACACAACUAAAUAUUAGAUUUAAAUUAAUGAAAUAGAUAGAUAUCCUAAUAAAUCAACUUCUUCACAAUUAAAUUCUUUAAUAGAAUCUAAUUACUUUGAAUUGAUUUAUUUUACUAUUUCAAAAUAUAUUUUAAGUCCAAAUUCAACCUAUACAUAUUAAGUUAUAGCAACUAAUUUAGAUACAAAAAAAUCAUAAUAAUAAAAUUUUACUUUUGAUAUUAAAAUAGCUGGAUUAAUUUGUUAAUUUAAUAAUAUUGGAUAUUAAAAUAUAAGAAGAGAUUUAAAUCUCUAAAUAUUCUGCGAAGAUUUAGACACAACUUAUAAAUAGAAUAGUGAUCCAGAUUUGUUUAUUUAAGUAGUUUGUAAGGAUCUAACGUUGAAUAAAAUAUGCUAAAAUUAACAAAAGCAAAUAAUUAAUGUUAAUUAAAGUGAUACAUAUUAAUUUAUUAGAAAGAAUUCUAUUUCCUCUUUUACAGUUUAAGAAUGGACAGUAACUGCUACAAAAUUUAAAUAAAAAACUAAAUUUUCUUUAAUUAUUGUUUAUCUUGAAAAUGAUUUUCCUUCAUUAUAACUAGAAUUCAAUAAAGGUUAUUUGAUGAGAUAAAUUAAUAAUUACGAAUAAUUAAAUUUUACAUUUAUAAUUCCUUUUAUUAAUAAAUAUAACCUAUUAGAUCUAUCAAUUGCAAUUAUUUAUAACUAUGAGAUUAUAGAAAUACUGCAACCAAAAUAUAUUUCAUAUUAAUUUCAAAUAUUUAAUAAAAUUAAAGAAUUCAAUUUUGGAGAUGAUAUCAAACUUAAAUUUUCAGCUUAGUAUACUAAUAAUAUCAUGCCAAGCAUAUAAAAUAUAAAACUAACUAUUAAUUAGCCACCUUUAUGUUCUAAAUUACGCAUUACUCCUUCUAGUGACUUAGCACUUACAAAUAUUUCAAUAGCAGCAGCAUGUUAGUAAUUAUAAGAUUUUCCUUAUAAAUAUUAACUUAGGUUAUUUUUGAGAGAAUUAGAUUUAAUUGAAUUUUUACAAGGAUCAUCAGAUAAUUCUUUAGUUCUCUAUCCAUUUCAAACUUAAAAUUAAUUCUUAAUUUAAACUCCUUCUUCUGUUGACUCAUCAAAAAUUGGAAUUUUAGUAGAAGUUCUUGAUAGUGGAGGAUCAAUCACUAAUAUUUAUGAUAUGAUUAAUGUGAGACCUGCAAAUAUAAAUUGUUCCGCAAUUUAAUAUUAGAAUAUGAAUUUAUAAAGCAAGAUUUUAUUGCUUAUAGAAACAAUGAAUCAUAAAUGUAAUGAGGUGAAUUAAUAAAUUUAUAUUGAUUUGCUUUAAUAAUAAAUUCUGCCAGAUUGGAAUGAUAAUGUCCUGAAGUAAUAGGCUCUAAAAAUAUAUAUCUAAUUUAAAAUUGCAUAUGGAUAAAAGAAACCUUAUAAUCGAUUAUUAUAGAAAGAAAUUAACAAUAAAUGUAUAGAUCUAAACUCAAAUCAUUUAUUUAUUACAUAAAAUGUUACUGAACAUGGAGAAAAUUUGACAAAAAUUAUAGAAGAUUUCAAAGGUAAUACUCAUAAAUUAAAUAUGGUUCUAAAAUAUUUAAUUAAAAUGAAAAAAUAAUCUUAGCAAGAGCUUUAUCUAAAUUAAUACAUAUGGAAUGAAGAAAUAUUUGAAUAGUAUUAAAACUCAUAAGAUGGCUUAAGAAGUUUAUUAUACUAUCUUGAUUAUAUCUAUUCUAAUAUUUCAUCAAUAAACACAAAAAAUGAAACUAUUUAUUAAAAUAUUGUUGAUUUAUUGAAAUUUAUUACUCUAAUUGUAGAGGAGAUAUAAAAUACAAUUUUUGUUAAUGAAAAACCUUAUGUUCUAGAGGGAAAUGAGAUUAUUUGGUAAAUAAAAAGAAGAACAAAAUAAAUAUUCAAUCAAUAAUUUAAUAUUGAAAAAACAAAAGAAGAUUACCUCACAGACUUUGUUUAAUAGGAAUCUACAUAUUUAAAAACCAAUCCUUUAAGAUUUUCUUCAGAUCUUGUAAAUAUACUCUAAACUUAAUUUAAUGAUUAAACAUUACAAAUUUACUCAGAAUAUUACUACUAAAUUUUAUUGAAAAACUCUUAUAAACUUAAAUUUGUAUCUUCUGAAAACAUUUCAUCUGAUUAUAGUACAUAAUUUGGAUCCUAUUAAAUUUGCUCAAAUACUGAAAAUUACUUAUAAGAAUACAAAAUAUAGUGUAUAAUUAGAUCAAUAACUGGAAAAUUUUAUUAAUGCAAUUUGAAUAGAUUAAUAAAGAAUGAUACUAUAGAGUUAUCUUGUGAAUGUAAUAGGUUUGGUGAAAUUUUUCUAGUAAUUUCUGCAAAUACUAGUGCUGUCAUUUCAAACAAUAAUCAUUUCUCAAUAUAGGAUCUUGCUACUAGCUCAAUUUUUGAAUAUUUAUUAGCACUCCAAAUUGGUACUAUUUCUUUGUCAUCAAUAUUUAUGAUGAUUUAUAUAUAUUAAUUAUUAAAAGAUUAAAAAAAUAAGCAAGAAAGGUUGAAUACUGAAUAAAAUUGCUUGAGUCCAAAAACCAAAUUAAAUAAACGUAUUAUUAUAUAUAAAGGUAGUUUAAGAGUUUUUAAGGAAUAGUUUAAGGUAAUAUUAAAUUAUUAUUUUAGUAAGUACAUUAAAUUAUAUCAAUUUUUAAUUAUAGAGAUCCAAAUAUUUAAUUUAGUUAUAGGAUUUUAGAAGUACUCUCCUAAUUCAAUUUAUUAUUAACUUUAUCAAUCCUUGAAUGCUAUUUUUUAAAUAACUCAAUAUCUUAAAUUUGUGGAUUCAUUUUUUUAAACCCUUUAACAAUCUUUAUAUUAAGAAUUAUUUAUAAGAUAAUCAAAGCAAUAUACAGAUUCUAACGAAUUGCUGCUGUUAUUAGUUAGCUACUUCUUAUCUUAUUUUUAAUGA